AUGACUGAGGCCCAGUCUUACAAGGAGCUGAGCACCGUCAACUCCCAUUGCAGUCAAUGGCAGUUGAGUGCAUUCAGCACAUGGAAGGAUUGGGCUAUAAAACAGAGAAAGCAACUACAUCAGGCGACUAAUGAGCAGCACUCACACCUGCUUAUACUCAUAUUUUCAGUAAAACUCGUUAUCUCCUGGGAUGAAAUCUCAAAACUUGAAAAGACCUCCAAUGUGAUCCUGACAGAGAGUAUUCAUGUGUGCUCCCGUGGGGAGGAUCACUACUUUUCCAUGUUUUUGCACAUUAAUGAAACGUUCCUUCUUAUGGAGCAGCUGGCAAACUACGCAGUAAGGAGACUUUUUGACAAGGAGACAUUUGAAAGUGACCUAGUCCUCCAUGAUCCUCUGCAAAUCACCAAGAGGGGCCUGGAGAACCGAGCCCACAGUGAGCAGUUUAGUGCAUUCUUCAGGCUACCCAAAGAAGAGACCCUGAAGGAAGUGCAUGAAUGCUUCUUAUGGGUACCUUUCUGCCACUUCAACACACUGGGAAAAAUGUGCAUUUCAGAGAACUACAUCUGCUUUGCUAGCCAGGAUGGCAGUCUCUGCAGCAUAAUCAUUCCCCUAAGAGAGGUCAUAGCAGUGGAGAAGGCUGAUCCAGCUAACAAAGGAGUCAGCAUUAGUACCAAAGGAAAAAGAGCUUUUCGUUUUACUGAGGUUAAGGAUUUUGAACACCUGGUAGCAAAGCUCAGGAUCAGAAGUGGUACAACUUCAAGUCCACAUCACACUGCAAGUACGGAGGUUGCCACUACUUCUAACUCUGACAAUCUGGUGGAUUAUUAUGAAGGACCGUUAAUGGCAGGUCAGAAAGGCAGCAGCACGACUGUUAGCACAGAAGCUCUAAUGACCGUAUUCCACCCUCAGGAUGCUGAUAAUCUUGACUCUAAAAUGUUGAAAGAAAAAAUGAAAGAGCAGUCCUGGAAUAUCCUCUUUGUAGAGUAUGGACGUGGCGUUAGCAUGUUUCGGACAAAGAAGACUCGAGAUCUAGUUUUAAGAGGGAUCCCAGAGACCUUACGAGGAGAGCUCUGGCUGCUCUUCUCAGGUGCUGUUAAUGACAUGGCUACAAACCCCGGUUAUUACUCUGAAGUGGUGGAAAAGUCCCUAGGAACCUGCACUUUGGCUACUGAUGAAAUUGAACGAGAUUUGCGUCGCUCCCUGCCUGAGCAUCCAGCCUUUCAGAGCGACACUGGUAUUUCUGCACUCAGGAGAGUUCUUACAGCCUAUGCGUACAGGAAUCCCAAGAUUGGAUACUGUCAGGCAAUGAAUAUUUUGACAUCCGUGCUGCUACUUUAUGCUAAAGAAGAAGAAGCUUUCUGGCUAUUGGUUGCUGUGUGUGAAAGAAUGUUACCAGAUUAUUUCAAUCGUCGAAUCAUUGGGGCCUUGGUGGAUCAGGCAGUGUUUGAGGAACUCAUCAGGGAUCACCUGUCUCAGCUGACGGACUACAUAACAGACAUGACGUUCUUCUCGUCUGUCUCUCUCUCCUGGUUUCUUACCCUCUUUAUCAGCGUGCUGCCCAUUGAAAGUGCAGUCAGUGUGGUGGACUGUUUCUUCUAUGAUGGGAUAAAGGCAAUCUUGCAACUGGGUCUGGCAGUACUGGACUACAACAUGGACAAGCUGCUUACCUCUAAGGAUGAUGCAGAGGCAGUGACUGUUCUAAACAGAUUUUUUGACAGCGUCACUAACAAGGACAGUCCAUUGCCUCAAGCUGUGCAGCAGGCUUCAAACCUGAACGAUACAAAGAGUUACCACCCAAAAGUGGACAUAACUGACCUGAUCAGAGAGUCAAACGAAAAAUAUGGUGAUAUUCGAUACGAGGAUGUUGAAAGCAUGCGCUGCAGGAACAGGCUGUAUGUGAUCCAGACCCUAGAAGUUACUACAAAACAGAAUGUGCUGCGUGUUGUGUCCCAGGAUGUAAAAUUCAGUCCUAGUGACCUGGAUGAGCUUUAUGAAUUAUUCAAGAAGGAGCAUUUUCUGUCUUGUUACUGGAGUGCAAAUAGCCCAGUCCUGAGACACCAUGACCCCAGUCUGCCAUAUCUGGACCAGUAUCGGAUCGACUGCCAGCAGUUCAGGGUCCUCUAUCAUCUCUUGAGUCCAUGGGCACAUUGUGCAAACAGGGACUCUCUUGCACUGUGGACAUUCAGAUUGCUGGACGAAAACUCCGAUUGCCUUAUAAACUUCAAAGAAUUUGUCUGUGCACUUGAUGUCAUGUAUAAUGGAAGUUUCACUGACAAACUAAAGCUGCUUUUUAAGCUGCACAUCCCUCCAGCUUUUACUGAAGUGGAAUCUCUAAGCCCUUCCAAAGGUGAUGAUCUUUCAAAAGAAGAGCUGAUUCAUUUCAGUCAACUCAAUGUUUCCUCUCCUGUGGAUAGUCAGGAAGCUGAUGCUUUGAAGAGAAGCCCAGAAAAAGGUAAAGAGAAGAUUGAUAUUCAGGCCUAUCUGAAGCAAUGGCAAGAUGAACUUCUUAAAAAAGAAGAAAAUAUUAAGGAUUUGCCUAGAAUGAACCAGUUCCAGUUCAUCCAAUUCUCAAAGACUUUAUAUAACCUGUUUCAUGGGGACCCUGAAGAGGAGUUGUUAUAUUGGGCUAUAGCGACUGUCACCAGCCUCUUGCUGAAGAUGGAAGAAGUUGGGAGAAGACUACAAAGCCCCAUCUCACCAGCCAAAAGCCCAGCUUCUGCAGCAGAAUCUAGCACUGACAGCCAGAGCGCACGGAAGAAAGACAGUGCACCCCAACAGACUGAACGCAGGAGUGUACAAAGCCCUCGCAAAGAUGACCAUGAAUGGUCUUUUGCCUUUGAGCAGAUCCUGGCAUCCUUGUUAAAUGAACCAGCUUUGGUGAGAUUUUUUGAGAAACCUCUAGAUAUAAAAGCCAAAGUAGAAAAUGCUAAAACUUCACAAUUAAAAGCGAGAACCAGAGUAUAGUUUUUUCACCUUUGCACCCUGUGUAACACAAAGGUCAUUGCUAUAGAAAGUGAGAAUUGUUUAUAUUGAGAAUGAGAUUUGAGGAUUUAGCUUUAACUACCAGAUAACAAUGUUUUGAAGUAAUUAAAAACACUUUGAAGCACAAUCACAUCUUUGUGUUCAUAAAUUUCAGUAUAGUUCAAAAAGGACAGAAAAGUAAACUGAAUUUUUACCAUAUUAUACAAAAUAUGCAAUAUUACUAAAAAAUAGCAAAUGUGACCCAUAGAGGGCACUAUUGCAAAACUUUCUGUAUGACUACUAUUACUGGUUGCAUAUAUCUUAAUUCUUUGUUGUGAUGAAUAUGAUGAUUUUCUGCCGUCUUCAUUUAUAAGUAGUACUUGACAUCUAAGUGUUUUACUUUCAGGCUGAUUUGAUUUCUAAGUAACCAUUUCUAAAUCUGCAUGUAAACUCACCAACCCAGGGCAAAAGCCUCAGUACUAAGAGCAAUAGAGUUUUUGGACUGGUAGCCUUGAUGGUUACAGGAGCAUUGUUGAUAAAGAAGGAAGUUGCCAUUCUUUUACUUGUUGCUGUACUGUAGUGUUAAUCUUUUCUUUAUCAGACUCCACUGGCUUCUAGUGAAUAGCUGGUGUCAGAGCUGAGCCUGAAUCUAUGCAAAAUUCAGACCAGAAUCCUGAUUUCCCAAAUGGCACCAUUUCUACACUGGAACUGUAUGCCCUAGGAUUUUGGGGACCCAGAUUUUGCAGCUCAGGUGUGAUUUCCAUUUGAAUCUGCUUUGUUACCUUUGAAUCUAAGCUCAAUCUUGUAAUUGUUCAUCUUUUGCCAUUGGUUUUCCCUUUUGGAUUAUUACCACUGUAAUAGUUUAUAUCCAUCAGGACAAAUAGCAGCAACAAAAUCCUUUGGAGUCUGAAAGUCAGGAUUUUUUAAUAUGCCAGCUGGAAAAAAAGCAACUUUUUUGGGGCAUCAUCAACGAAGGAGCUCUCUCUUUAUUGUAAGGAUCCUUUGAGGCAAGCUCUGCUAAUUGUUACUGAGAAAAAUUGUUGACUCGAACACUGUGUAGCGUGCACUAAAGUGGGUUUGAAGAAACGGGGUCGGGGGGGAGAAAACCUUGUAUUUUUACAAAAAUGAUAAGCUGCAAAUGUUAAGUAGUAAACUGCUUAAAAAUGCAUAUUUUUAAGGCAUGAAUUACAAUCUUUCACUGCAAAGCAGCACUGUUUUUAUAAGGUGUGUGUUAUUUGUAAAGAAUUAGGACAGGAGGUGGUACCAAUAUUAGGUGCUUUUUCUAUGUUGCUUACACGGAGUAGAAACAAAACUAAGAUUUCUGAACUUGGCUGUAUAUUGCAAAACAGUGUUGAAAUUCUGUCACACUGGGUGGGAGAAAAGUUACCAUGCCUCCUUGAAAGAAGCUGGCAACAGUUUUGUCCCUGGUCAAUAUCCAUGAACAUGUAUAACCAUUUCUUCCAAAUCUCAGGAAUUAAUGUAAAUUGAUCUCAACUAAAGGAAUAAUUUAAAAAAAUUGGAUAAUAAUAUAUACAGCAAGUGAAAUUAGGCAGCUUAUUUUAGAAGCUUAAAUGUGGCUUGAGGUAAUAUAAUUGAAGUGUGAAAAUCCUAUAUCCUUUCACAUGUAUAUUUCUAAGGCAGAGAUUGAUACUACUGCAUGGAUCUGUAUAUCUAUAUUUACUGAUUGUUUUCACUGCAUAUUUUCACUGUUUUAAAAACAAAAAGCAGGUAACUUUUUUGAUCUAGGCAAGGGCUUGAUUGAUCAGGCAAACCUUUACUCACGUGAGUAAACAGUGUGCAAGCAACCCCAUUGAAGUCAACGCAACUACUUGUGAAAAAGGCUGAGCAGCAUCAAGCCAUAUGUUUUUAAUUUCAGGCUUCAUUGUAGGUUAGCAAGUAUGGUGUAUUUGCCAAGCAAGAUAAGUUAAAGGCUUAUUGAAUUUUUGUGGUGGGUGGGGAAACAAGUUAUAAAAAGAGUUAGACGCAGGUUAAAUUAUAUGCAAGAAGAAGGUGUUAAGUCUGCAAAAUGUAGUAGACGUGAUAUUAAAUGGCUGUUAUGCAAAAAUAGGCACUUUUACAAAUGUUACGCACUUUCUAUUAAUAUUAAUCAAAAGGACCAUAGAGAGAGCCAAUUGUAUAUCAAUUCUGUACCUGCAUCUAUAGUAUAAUUGUCACACAUAUGUUUAUACACAGAAUGACCAGCAUACAUGUAAAGUCUGUUUAAAACUAAAAGUUAGGGGUAUAAUUGUUUGUUAUCCCAAGAAAUUCGUUAUAGUUUGUUUAUUAUAGAUUUUUGAACAAAGAAAAUGUAAUGUUUGUUUUUGUCAUUCCUUUAUACACCUGUGUUCUGAUCCAGCAAAAAAUUGCCUUGACCUUCGGUUCCAUGUGAGCUCUAGAUAGUCGUGAUUGAUGGGUCAGCCUUGCAGGGCAAAGCCUCCUCAAGAAAAUCAUCUUUCUAUAGGAUGGCAAGGAGUUGCACAGGUGCUCUAGUGGGAAGAGCUCAUGAAACUCCAGGUGCUUGGAGGCUGCGGACCAGCUUAUGAUCCCUCUCACACCAGUUCUUAGUCCUGAUCUGGAACACCCUUAAUAUUUAGUACUAAGUAUUCAAAUGUAGGAUUUGAAGCACGUGGGUGAGUGUUUGUUUGCAGGAGAUCAAAGGAGAGGAUUUUGCUUCACACAGUGCUGAGUGAGUUUAGAAUCUGGCCCUCUGUCUCUUUUGUGUCCCUUUCCUACCCCACUCAUUGUGGAGAUGGCCUGGCUAACAAAAUAUAUAGAAACUUAGUUGGAGGCAAAACCCUCUUCCUCCUCCCCAUUGACUCUCUCUGCUGUGGGAUUCCCUACUCUAAGGUGACAAAGGAAUAAUAUCUGGGCUAACCACUCUACUUACAAGUGCUCUAGCGGAGUUAGCAGGCAGGCAUAUCUGCAUCUGGGAGCUUUGACCCCUUUAAAAUUCUCUGUGGUGAUGCAGAGAGUAACCCACCCUUCUGGCUUAGGAUAUUGUGGGAGACUGCACAUCCCCUGGUUUCUUUUGAAUAAGCCCAAUUGCCAUAUAUUGAUGAGUAUUGGACUGAGCAGAGUUUUUGGGCAAAGAUCCAGGCAGUUGCAGAACCUACUCAGCCACUGCCUAGAAGGAACUUCCCAUUGGAAUCUUCAGUAACUUUUGUAAGGGCCGGCAGCUAGAGGUGAUUUUUGCCCUAGGGAGGGCCCCAUAAUAUCCUUCCCUCCCCCCCCCCCACACACACUGACAUGGCCAGGCAUUUUCAUGAAAAAAGUUCCCUCCUUUUUUAGGAGGGGAAAUGUAUAUUGCAUCCAAGAUAAAACUGGCAUUGAUUUUGGGGGAAGUUUAUCUGGAUACAGUUUGCUAAUAUUAAUGUUUUUGUAUUCCUUUUCAUUUCUUAAAUUGGAUUAGGUGGUAUGUGAAAACAUCAGCAUGACUUUAAAGACGAUACAAUCACACGGUUACCCCACUAUGUCAGGUACUGAGAGCAGGUCAGGACAAUCUUUUAGCUAUCAGUAUGAUCUUGGUAAUUUUCCCUCCCUCAGGCACUCUUGCUGGGCAUAUAAAAUGUCUCUCUAAAAUGAGUGAAGAAAAGCCAAACUACCAAUCCAAGGGAACGGCUAACAAAAAGGUGGUGUGCCCCUGAGGCAAGUGAACUAAAAAGGUUUUUUUUUUUUUUUUUUUUCAUCUACCUCAGCAGCACAGUCAGAACUGUGGCAAGAUUGACCACCCUUCUGGACACACUGGUGACUUUUUAAUAGUUUCAGCUGGGAAUGGCAAAUUCACUGUCGGGCUCCCACUAAAAUCACUGGGUGUUACAUUUACAGAUUGAAGGAAGAGCAGAACCCAAUAUUGUAAUUGUUUGAAAAAGACAAGCACUUUAAUGUUUUCUAGGAAGUUAGGGGUGAGCACAGUCAUAUGGUUCUAAAAAGCACUUAAGGUUCACUCCAUCCAACACAGUAAUUGUUCAGUACUUGUAGCUGGCCAUAACAUACUGAUCUUGUUUUUAGUAGUUUGCCAGCAUGGCAACUAAGAAAGGGAUAUGUUUAUUUACAUUAAUAAAAGAGCCUCCAUCCAGUUGUACUAUACAAAAUUCUUAUAUUUAAUUGUAAUUGUUGUUUGAAUAAAAGAGUUUCUUAACGGAAGUAUUCCAAUUGAUUUCCAGAGAAAUACAAUAUUUUGUCUUUUUGCUACAGUUAUCACCAAGCAUUCAAAACAUGUUUAUGUGCCAGCAUGUUGGCUUUUUAUACAAUGUACUGUAUGCAGUAAAAGUACUAUAAGUAAUGAGGUGUCAAUAAACUUGCUUCACUUAA